GGCGUUUUCGAAAAGGUCUUGGAAAUUGAUGUAUGCUUAGGCGGUUGCGGUGCGUGGAUCUGAAUGGAAUUCACGUCCCGGUUCUUAGAGGGUUCUGGGUCGUGUUGGGUUCGUCUUCGGUGGUGGUGCAGGUUGUUGUUUGUUUUGCCGGGCGUGUCUAUGCUUGUUAUUGCUGCUUGGUUUGUUGCUAGUUUUAAUGGGGUAGUGUUGUUGGUUUUUGGGAAUGGUUUGGUUAAUAUGUAGGGUGCGCUUGUCUUUGAAAGCUUCCGAUAGGAAUUUAGAAGCGCAUGUGUUGUUGUAAGUAUUUUAUUCACUCUUGGUGAUAGCUUUCUUUCUAUUGCUUAUGCUUGCUAUCGAUCUUACAAUUACGUAUGCUUUUUUUUUUUUUUUUUUUUUUUUUUUUUUUUUUUUUUUUUUUUUU